AUGGCUACCCAUGCAAACGUCAACCUUCCUCUCCCCGUCCUUCCUGAGGGCUGGUCUGGAGAGAAGGACUUCAAAGCAAUUGGCAGCAUCUCCGCAGCUACCCAACGCAGCAUCGAGCCCGUCGGUCCUCACUUCCUCGCGCACGCCCGCCGAGCCCGUCACAAGCGUACCUUCUCCGAAGAUGAUCGUAUUCAAGCUCAAGAGAACGCUAAGAAGGUCGAGGACGAUGACAGCGGAGAGAUCAGCGAGCCCGAAGACCCAUCGAUGCUCUUGAGAGAUGCCAAGGACUGGAAGCAACAAGACCACUACGCCGUCCUCGGCCUCUCCAAAUACCGCUACAGAGCGACUGAAGACCAAAUCAAGCGCGCCCACCGCAAAAAGGUCCUCAAGCACCACCCCGACAAGCGCGCCGCAGCCGGCGGCACCGAAGACGACAGCUUCUUCAAAUGCAUCCAGAAAGCCACCGAGGUGCUCCUGGACCCCAUCAAACGCCGACAAUUCGAUUCCGUCGACGAGCGCGCCGACGUCGAGCCCCCUUCCAAAAAAGCCGCCAAGGACGGCAAGUACUACAAGCUCUGGAGCGCCACCUUCAAAGCCGAAGGCCGCUUCAGCAAGGUGCAGCCUGUUCCGAAGUUUGGGGAUGAGAAGAGUACCAAGGAGGAAGUGGAUGCGUUUUACAACUUCUUCUAUAACUUUGAUUCCUGGCGUUCGUUUGAAUAUCAGGAUGAGGAUGUACCUGAUGACAAUGAGAACCGUGAUCAGAAACGCCACAUGGAGCGUAAGAACAAUAAUGCGCGUAAGAAGAAGAAGACGGAGGAUAGUGCGCGUCUGAGAAAGCUUGUCGACGAUGCGAUGGCGGGCGAUGCGCGCAUCAAGCAGUUCAGACAGGAAGCGAACGCCAGCAAGAACAAGAAGAAGCUAGACAAAGAGCAGGCCGAGCGGGAUGCCAAGGAGGCCAAGGAGAAGGAAAAGGCCAAGGCAGAGCAGGACAAGAAGGAUGCCGAGGAGAAGGCCAAGAUAGAGCGCGAGUCCAACAAGAAGAACAAGGAGCAGGCCAAGGCUGCUGUGAAGAAGAACAGGCGUGUAAUGAAGGGUAGUGUCAAGGAUGCGAACUACUUUGUUGAGGGCGAGGCUCCGGCUUCUGCUAUCAACGCCGUGUUGGCUGAUGUAGAGACUAUCCAAGGCAAGAUCGAUGCCGAUGAGACGGCCGAGUUGGCGGAUAAGUUGAGGGAUCUGAAGCUGGCUGCUGACAUCAAGAAGGUCUGGACUGCUGAGGCUAAGAGGCUGGUUGACGCAAGCAAGAUCAAGGCGAGUGAUAUCAAGACUUUGGCCUAG